GUCAAAGCUGAUUAUAAAUAACAUUGUUCUUCUGUUCAGUCACCUGCACACCUGCUGGAACUCUGACAGAUGAUUUAUUCCUGUUGGUCCUCUGGUUGAGACAUUUUGCAGGAUUGCAAACGGUGUGUGGUGAAACAACCUUUUCAAGCAGAAGCAACACAAACAAAAGACCCUUCUGUUUGAUGUGACCAUCAUGGAAAGUAACUCAGGAGAAGAUAUGAACUCUGCCCUAAGUCUUGAUGAAGGAAAUGAUUUAUAUUGUCGUUGUGAACCAUACAUUUUUGCACAUGUGCAGACCGACCCAAUGUCCACCAAUACACAAUUGUUCUCAAUGUUGGCACUGUUGAAUGCCUAUGUUCCCAAUUCCUACCUGAACAUGGAAGAGUGUCAAAAAAUCCUAGGACCGCCUGAUCCCAUCUAUGGAGGUCCUCCCUUCGAAGUUAGAAUGCGACCAUUUUCCAAGCUCAUCAAAGUAUCUGGCUCAGUGGUAUGCCUGAUUCAUCCAGAUGUUGCUACAAGGUCUGUGGAGCUAUUGGCUGACCUAGGCACUCCCAGAAGUACCUUAGCACAGGACUGUGUGUUUCAGCUUUGUGGAGAAGAAGUCCAACCUCACACUGUCCAGUUUGUCAAAGAUUUGCUAACAAGGAGAGAAAUGGGUCCAAAUGGCGAAGAGAAAUUCUCCAUGCUAAUUAAGGAUAUCAUUGAGAAAGAAAAAUUUAGUAAAGCACUCUGGGUUUUGAAAAAUGCUUCAAACAAAUUCAGAGACAAACACAUCUUCCCCCAAACGGUUGCUCGUCUGUAUUACAUUGGAGGACGUUACCCAAACUUCAAAAAAGCUGAGAAAUGGGCUAAAAAAGCCAUCAAAAGAGCCCAGAACAACUCAUAUGCCGCAGACACCCUUGGACAGGUGUACAAGAACCAUUUAUUGAGAGGGGCCAAACAAUCCAGUGAGGUGAAUAAAAUGGCUGAGAAGGCCUUCGAGGCGUUCAAAGAUGUAGAGAUGAAAGCUGACAAGGAACUAGGCCCUGAACUGAGUGAAUACGAUGGCUGUGCCAACAAUUCCGUUUCGUUCAACAACCGAGGCCAUUUUGGUUUCAUUCAAGUGGCCAAGAUCGUCUCUGAGAAACGUAGACAUAACAAUCCGUUUGAGGACACCCUAAAAUUGGAAGUUGAAGACAAAUUUGAGUUUUUUGAAUGGUAUCUCAGCUACUCCCAGCCUGACAGGACAACAGUGGAACCAAAUUACUUUUGGGAAGAUGUUGCCAUCUGCUAUCAACUAUACAGGGAGAAAGAUGCAGCUGACUCCACCAGUUUCCCAGCUCUUCUCGAUUGCCUGAAUCACGGCCUUUUUGUGUCGAAGGAAAAACGAGCCUUCACGUCUGCGGUGACAGAGAAAACACGGCCACAGUUGGAGCAAACCCGAGAUGAAUUAAAGACUGAUUAUGAGGAAAAUGUAGAUGAUGUGAAAGUGGCAGAGAGGUACAUCCUUUCAAACAUCAUCUUGAACAACAAAGGGCCCCACUCUCCUCAACACGCCCUGGUUAGAAAACUUCAGGCAAUCCUACAGAGGUUUCUGCCCAUUGGGGCAAAUAGUAGAGACCCAGAGUUUUACCUUUUGGUCCUGCUGUUGUUUUGGCCAGAGGAACAGCGAAUGGUAGGUCAAGAAAACAAUGAUGAAGAGUUACAAGAACCUGACACAAACAAUGAUCAGCUUCAAGACCAAACUCUUGAGGAAGCAGAUGUAGAGGAGAACAAUACAGGAGAAGAAUCUGAGCAGCCCCCUUCUCUUGACAUGGAAAAAUAUGUCACUUUCAUGGGAAACGCCUACGAUAGAGUCUACGCCAAGUACCUUCGAGGUCGUUACCUGCUGCCACUGUUUUUUCUAGGUAAGGGUUCUGGACUUAGCAGAUGGAUCCACAGGUCUAGACUGGACAAGAUGGUGGAGAUCCUGGUGGAAACUCAGCUCGCUAAUGAACCGAGUGGCUCAAAUGGAAACAAAAUGAAAAUAGAGAAGAUCAAUGAUAUGUGGAGUAGUGGGGAGGUGUGGCAGCUGCCAGAAAUCCAGGAUGUGCUUCAGCCCAUUCAAAUGGAGACAAUGCAAAGUGGAGAAGAUCAUAAUGCGUUUCUUAGUGUCGGCGGGAAGAAAAUAAGAAAAAGUCUCUUCCAGGUUCACCAUGUGUGUGAAUCAGAGCUCUUUUAUCUUGGCUUCAACAUUAGGGGUCCUGUCAUAUUCGAAGUGAAGGGUCAGUAAAACACCUUUGAUUGUCCAGAAAGACACCAUUAUAAAGGUUCCUAUACAAAGCAGCAACAAAACACUGCUUGUGUCAGCAAUGGUUUCUGGGAUAGAAAGCAGCAUUUUCAUUCAUUCCCUCAAGUUUCUGAGU